UAAAAAUUGGAAAUUACUAUAUAAGCUGAAGAUAAUGGUUCAAUCUAGCACAAAAUUGAGGACAAUCUCAGGUGUGACCAUGAGAGAUCUUGUAUUGAAAUUAUUCUUCAUUCUCUUCCUCCUCUUUACUCUUUCAGUUUCUUCAGAAAAAAAAUCUUUUAAACCAAAACAACCAUGCAAAGAUCUUGUGCUCUAUUACCAUGACACUCUUUUUAAUGGCACAGAUGUGGCUAAUGCAACAUCUGCUGCUGCUACCGAUCCUACAAAGCUUGGCAACUUCAAAUUUGGUAUGCUAGUCGUUUUUGAUGAUCCAAUGACCAAAGACAAUCAUCUUCUUUCACGUCCUGUUGCAAGAGCACAAGGGUUCUACUUCUAUGACAAGAAGUCCACUUACACUGCAUGGUUUGCCUUCACUUUAAUCUUUAACUCCACUAAACAUAAAGGUACUCUAAAUAUAAUGGGUGCGGACUUGAUGACGGAGGAGACAAGGGAUUUUUCUGUGGUUGGAGGUACAGGGGACUUUUUCAUGGCCAGAGGGAUUGCUACAAUUCAUACGGACACUUUCCAGGGAGACUAUUAUUUUCGUCUGAAGAUGGAUAUUAAGUUGUACGAAUGCUAUUAGGCAUUACAAGUCUUGUCUUUUCUUGUGGUCAUAUGUGCAAGAUUUGAUGAAUAAAACGAGUUCUUGUGUGUAAUCUUGUAGUAGACCUGGGAGUCUCAAUAUCCAAAUAAGUUUCUGUGCACCCAGUCCUACCAGUUACGUAUCAUUUUGGAUUUUUUUUCCUUGCUUGUGAACUAGUAAGAAAAUAGGGAAGGUACAAGUUGUGUUUAUGCAUGUUUCCCAUCUUGAUUAGUGGAAAAUGCUGACAGAUCAUUUAUGUCUCGUUUCCAUAUAUGAACCUUUUUCUCGUCAUGAAUACAAGAG